UACUCGAGAAAAUUUUCAUUGUGGCAUAUGUGGCAUUCCAAUAGCACCUUUUCUUUUAACAUAUACUACAUAUCACAAGCGUGGAAUUUUACGGAUAUGUAGUUCACAUUUCAUUUGGCCUUUCAUUUAUUGACGCAUAUGCGCGCGUAUAAUUUUUAAGGCAGUGUGGGUCCACCUGCAGUGACAUGCGUCAACGGUAUGAGCGUCCAGGAAGCAAAAGCAACAACGUGACAACCAUCCUCGAGAAGUCACACAAGAGCCAAGGAUAAGGCGGGAAGUGCAAAGCCACAAUCAUGUCGUGGAGACGCCGAAAGGAUGGCCUGCUAGCCAAGGUCAACUUUCCUCCUUAUACGCUGCAGAUGCUUACCAGUAGGCACGUCCUCGUUGGUGGCGGUGGUGGAUCCUCGAGAACAGGUGUUGCCAAUGGAUUUGAAAUAUUUGAAUUGUCUCAUGAUGGGACUCAGUUCAAUGCCGAAGAAGUCACCCGUUAUGAAACAGGACCCAAUGUUGUUAUGAACAGUGCAACUCAUAACGAUGGAAAACGAAUGUGGCUAGUUGCUGGUCAAGAAAGUCACUGUCAAUUAUAUAAUAUACAAGCAAAAGUGGUUGUUACUGAAAAUGGAGAAAUUCCAAAAAAGUCUAGUUUUUCAAAUAAAGAGGAACUUAGGCAAAGGAGAAAAAAUGAAAUGAAAGAAGAAACAAAUACAAAGAAAGAAAGCAUCGAAGAUAUUAAUGAAGAAUCAAAGGCAAAGCAUAAAAAGUUGCAACUUAUAAUUAAACCGUCGGACAGUGUACAGACAGACUUCGGAGAUGUUCAACCUGUACAAAGAGUUGUUAGAAUAAGUCCCAAUGGAAAUGUAAUGGCAACUGGUGGAACUGAUGGAUAUGUACGCUUGUGGCAAUUUCCUCAAAUCACCAAAAUGCAUGAUUUAAAAGGUCAUGAUACAGAAAUAGAUGAUAUUGAUUUUAGUUCUACGGGUAAAGAAGUUGCUACCGUUGCAAAGGAUGGAAAAUUAAUAAUCUGGGAAGUAACGAGCGGCUUAAAAAGUAAAGAAUUAACCUGGUCUUCUAGCAAAGAUGAAAAGUCUAUUUUUAAACGGUGUCGUUUUCGCAAUAAAUUGGUGCAAAAUACAAAUACUCUACAAGUUUUUACUUUAUCAAAUUCUCUGCCUGCAAGAGACAAGAGGCAUAAGGGUAAAACUCAUUAUGGUUUCUUACAGCAAUGGGAUAUAAAGUUAGAAUCAGUUGAGAAACUAGUAACUUAUAAAGAAAAUUUGUCGGAGCUGGCUAUCUCUGACGAUGGAAAAUUCGUAGCUGUUGGCACAAUGUCCUCUGGUACCGUAGAUAUGUUUAUAGCAUUUAGCUUACAAAGAGUACUACAUGUGCCUGGUGCGCACAAUAUGUUUAUCACAAAUUUAGAAUUCUUGUCAACCAAACUUGAUGGUCCAGCCAUAACUAGCAACUCGGAAGCUGCAGUUAUUAGUUGUUCUAUUGAUAAUAAAAUCUGUAUCCACAGUAUACCUUACAGAUAUGUAUUACCGUUCUGGCUGUUCCUCAUUUUCAUAGUUUUGUGUAUUUGUGGUGCAUUUAUGCUUUGCAGUUAUAUGGGUAUUUGAUUAAAAAUAUACAUAAUUAAUGUUACAUCGUAUCAAGAAUUUGUACAUUAAAAUGA